UGUGGAGCAGCUGCUGCCAUAUGGCAUUAAUUGAAAGAGGAGGAGCUGGAGGAGGAGUGGCUUUCAAGGAAAGGCUGUCACAGGACUCUCACUACUCCUAAAGAAGAAGAAAAGAGGAGUAGAUUGGUUAGAAGUUAGUAGAAAAGGAGCUGUGAUUGUGAAGUAGACAGACAGGAACUGUAGUGUAACAUUAGUUUAGACUCACAUGACGACGACUCUUUUAUGAAGAAGCCACGUUUUACAUAGUAAAAAUAAUAAAUAAACGCACUGCGACAGCUUGUAAGAUUUUUAAUCCCUUUUAUUUUGAAGCACACAAAACGUUUUUUAAAUGCAACGCUGUUUGAUAUAUGAGAAAACGAUGGCAGCCGAGACGAGGAACGGCGGGAGUUCACUGAACAACAAUAACUGCAAAGACCACAGCAGGAGGAAGUUACUGGUCGGAGUGGAUCUCUUCUGCUUGUUUCUAGUGUUGCUUGUUGCCGUGUUUUUGCACAAAUCUCCCUUCCCGCCUUUCCGGAGAGGAUUCUUCUGCGACGACGACAGCAUCGCGCUGACCUAUAAGGGCAGCACGGUGUCCAACACUGUGCUCACAGCCGUGGGCGUCACUGUGCCCGUGGUCUCAAUCAUCAUCGGGGAGAGCUACAGGAUCUACUUUCUGAAUGAGGGAUCCAAGUCCUUUGUAGGCAACCCGUACAUAUCUGCUCUGUACAAGCAGGUGGGCGUGUUCGUCUUCGGCUGCGCCAUCAGCCAGUCCUUCACUGACAUCGCCAAAGUGUCAGUGGGCCGCAUGCGCCCUCACUUCCUGGAUGUGUGCAAACCAGACUUCUCUACUAUCAACUGCUCUCUGGGCUACAUCACUGACUACCAGUGUCAGGGGCCGGAUAGCAAAGUUCAGGAGGCCAGGAAGUCUUUCUUCUCUGGACAUGCAUCCUUCUCCAUGUACACCAUGCUUUACCUGGUGUUUUACCUGCAGUCUCGUUUCACCUGGCAUGGAGCUCGCCUGCUGCGCCCUCUGACCCAGUUCACCCUGGUCAUGAUGUCUUUCUACACCGGCUUGUCCCGUGUCUCCGACCACAAGCACCACCCCACUGAUGUCCUGGCGGGUUUUGUGCAGGGAGCUCUGGUGGCCUACUGCAUAGUAUUCUUUGUCUCUGAUUUGUUCAAGAACAAAGGUAGACGCUCUACACUGUCGCCAACCCCAGUGAAGAAAGAUCUCGUUCCUCCGGCAGACAUCAGAGAGCGGAGCAACCAUCUCAUCAUGGCAUAGAGAAGACUGCAAACGUGAACUGUACGUAACCCUGACCUGUGCCAUUUUUAAAUCACUGCUACAGCCACUGGCCAUUACUGGAUAGAACAAACAUCCAAACAAUCUGGAUGAUGCAGACAAAAUAUGGGAUCUUGAACAUCUCAGAGGACGAGAGAAGAGGAGGCUACGGAAAACAGUCGAGAGAAUUUUGCUUUCUCAACGGAAAUGUCUCACCAGACAUUUUGUAAUGUGGAAAAGAGACGACCAAGGAUAUUUCGUACCUCUUCUGUUAUGAAGAUUAUUGGAGAUUCUCCUCUGUCAAGGCAUUUCCAUGGACAAACGUCUGAAACAAAACAAAACCGAGAAACGGCAGCUGUAAACGAAGUGUGUGGCUUUUGUGCCUUCUCUCUUCAGCUGCAUCCAGCGUGGGAGCUACACUAAUAUUCCUGCCACUCACUCACUGUGUGACUAAUACAAACAAACACAUGACAAAAAAACAAAUUCCUUUGAUUUCAUGAAGGAUUUUUGUUUGGUUUUUAUUACAAACAUAAGCAUUGUAUAUGUGAUUUUUUUUUUAUAGCACUAUUUUAACUAAACUCAAGUACUGUUCGUCACCACUUGAAUGACCUGAAGUGAAGCUUUUGGAAAGCUUCGUAAGCUUUUUGUUAUGUCUAUAAUGUAGUGUAAUUCUUUUAGAAGGUGCACAUAAGUUACAGUAGGCGGUGAAGUAGAGUGAGAGCGUAUGUGUUGGAUGUGUGGGCCUCUUUCUGCUGGCUAGGACGAGCCCCCACUGAGCCAUUUAAUGAAAUGACUGUCUGUUAUAUGUACCAGACGGGUGCUCACAAGUGUUAGGUCAGAGUGUGUGGGAGAGUGUGUGUGUGUGUGUGUGUGUGUAUGGGUGAGGUCUUUCUGUGAGCGUGCCAGUGUGUCUUUAUGUCAUGUCUAUAUAUUUCAGUGUUAAUAGCCUACAAGUGUGCCUCUCUUCAGCCAGAGAGCGGGCACCUGCUCCAACAGACACAUCAUGUAACUUGGACACGGAAACACUGUGGAAAAAAAAGCAUCACAUGCAGUACAUGUACUUUACUGUUACUAAUCAUAGCGAUGAUUCACAUCUUGUGAUAUACUGUAUGCCACACAGUCGUGUAUAUAUAAAGACAGUGACUUAGAGCAAUGGUUACUUACAGUAGCUUUUCAGUAUCGAAGCACAAUUUAGUAAAACAGUUUUUAAAAAAUCCUUAUUUUGGCACAUUGUAACCUUUUAAUAUCUCAUAAUAGUCUUGUAAAGCACUACAAUAGGGCUGGCAAUGAGGCUCUGCAUUAUAAUAGAUGAAAAUCUUUACGAUGAAUUUUUAAAGUAGUGAUGCUAAUAUGUUUUUGCUUAAUGUAACUUAACUUCUUAGCAAAAAAAACAACUUAAAACCACUGACUGAAAGCAUCCUGACUUUAAGUUACUGAGACAGACUUUGAUCUGACACUUAUAGGGAAACUAGUCUUUUCUUCAUACACGUCUUGGAAGUCUACUAUAUACAGCAUCAGAAGGAUUCUGCAUGCUACCAUACCUUGUACAAUACUGUUUCACGUGUACACAUACAGUAUAUCUUUUGAAGAAAACGCCCACUAUGACUUUGUGUGUCGAGACCUGUGUAAAUGUAAACCAUGCUGCUUUUAAAGAGGCAAAGCUUUGGCAGAUGUCAUCCAGUAAAGUUGACAACUUGUGAAUAUUAAGUUUUAUGAAAAACAAAAAGCUCUCAAGGCGGACAGCUCCAGUACGUUUUUAUUAAAAAAUUGCCUUUCAAUAUUUUUGUAUUUGUCGUGUGAAAUUUUGUACGAUGAAACUGUAAGACGUAUCAAAGAUAAAAUGUCUUUAAUAAAAACAUAAAAAGAAAGAUCAA